AUGAACUGGGACACUUUGAAAAGCGUGCUGAAAACGAGACGUUUGACAAAACGUACCAUCCCAGCUUAUAUUCAUCCAACGUCACGUAGUGACUCCACCUCGUCCACACAAUCAGCCACCGCCGGAUUCAUUUUAAAUGAAGAACCCAUCACUUUGUUCCGACUCGAACUCGAACGACUACAGUACAUUCUUCAUUUUCCCGAAGAAGUUGCCUUCCAGCUUUCUUCUACCGAGUAUCAGCUUUUUUACUCCAUCCAACCGAUGGAUUAUGUUCGUUAUGUGAGCUGUGAUCUGACAUCGGUACCAGUUUCGGAGAAUCCAAGUCCAGUUCGGAAUCUUGUCAAGCGGUUGUCAGAGGUUUCUUCUUGGAUCACCCACGUCAUUGUCAGUCAGCCAACCCAUGACGACCGGAAAGUCGCGCUCACUGCCAUCCUCAGAAUUGUGGAAACAUGUUGGAACAUUGGAAAUUUUAAUGCAGCAGUAGAAGUUCUAAUGGGACUUAAGAGCGAGAAGCUAAGACCAUUCUGGUUGUCCCUUCGACAGGAAGAAAAGUCUCAAUUCGAUUCACUCUGUGAAACACUGCUGCCGGCCAACCAAGCACUUCCGUCACAAGCCUACAUCAACGCAGUCCAGCGUGCUCUCCGGAUGCCUCAAUCUCGUGUCAUUCCAUUUUUCGGAAUCUUCCUUCGCGAUCUCUACGCCAUUGUCAACGAUUUGCCGAACAUUGUGGUGAUUGGACAAGAAGGCGAAACGCAGAAGCUCGAGUUUAUGAGCGAUCCCAACGGAGAGGAUCAUUUCUCGUCUAGAAUCGGAGUUGGCGGCCUGUUGAAUGCCGAUAAAAUCAAUUUGGUUGCUAUUGUACUGGACAACUUGGAACUGUUCCACCGGCAUAGUCGAACUAUGAUCAAGAUGCUGGAGGAUCAAGCUAUCGCCACCACUCAGAUUCCGCAGAAUGAGCGAGAACAAAAAGAAAAAGAAACGAAGACCUAUGAACCAGUGCAAGUGGUUCGUGGUUCCUCUCAUGGAGUGGCUCUUAUCCCACUUGACACACUGACCUUCGACCUUGACGUCAUCCAACGUCUCCAACACGGAACAACAGUCAUCCACUAUGAGCCAGACUCGGGACGAAGCAAUCUGUGUCUGCUCAGACUUGAUCCAAGUUGUGGACAAAUCAACUGGCAUAAAAUCUCCUACUCUGUGAACAGAGAUCCCAAGGAAAAAGAUGUGCUUGCCAAAGUGUCCGUUGCAAAUCUCCAACCACUUGACUCAGGUCGUGGUGCUGCGUCUCCAAUGCCAUCUGGAAGAGCUCCGGGAACAGGAGGUGUAGGAGUUGAAGAAGGAGAACUCAAAUUAAGUGUUGUGAAGGGCGUUGAACUGGUUGAUAGCUACGAUAUUGACAUUGAGGCUAUUUAUCGGCGUCAUUCUAUGGAAGAAAUGUCGGUUCCGGUCAGUUGCUGGAAAGUCAGUCAUGGACAGUUGCUUUCUGAUAACGAGUUUAUCUAUUUCCUGGCACCCCAGCAAAUCGCCCAUUUUGGACGAACGGGUUACAAUCUUCUUCAAGGACAACAAAGAUACCCGGACCGUCGUAUGUUGUGGAUCAAAAAUGUGUACCUGUCCUUGUAUGAGAUCACCGGUGAAGCCAACUGCGGACCACGACCGUUCGAAGCACUUCAAGCAUUUGGGUUGAGCCAAACGAAUACAAGUGCAACUCGACCCAAUGACUCGUCGUUGUCCAGUGAGCCAGGAGGUGCAAAGAGCAGACUAAAAAAUCUGAAAAAUGCCAUGCAAAAGAAGCUCCGCGGAGCAUCUCGAGAAGGAUCCCGAUCCCAAUCUCCACAACCACACUCUCCACUUGUUCGUCCGCCAUCGAUCAAAUCUCAAAUAUCCUCCCAAUCCGGUCCACCAGGUCCCAACUCUCCUGGAUACUUGUUAAAGCCACGUGGCGAGCCAGCAAACAGUGACGCCGGAGACCUGGAUAGUAUCUACACGCCAAGAUCAAGGACACCGACGAGCAGUUCCUAUGGAGGUCGCUCUGUCGGAGGAAGAUCGUGCAAAUCAUGGCGAUCACGUGGUGGAGAAACUCCCAACUCUGGCUCCAUCAGCAGUUCCGGUCAAAUGUCAAUUCAAGUCUCUGGCCUAAGCGGUCCAUCCGGAAAAGAGUUCCAAGAGAAACCACUGACUCUUGUGGAGUUUGCAGAGCUCUUCCGACUCUUUAACACCAGAAUGAGGAAGGAUUUGAGAGAUGUGUUCAAUGAUGUCUUAUCCACCGCCACCACACCACAACACUGUCCAAAACGGGAACGCGAUCGUCACAGCCCCAGAAUGCAGUCCAGACUUGCUAGUGUCUCGAAUUCAUACAACGCCGAUUUUCUGUCAAAUGAUUUCCUCACCAAGAACACGACAGUGAGCUCACAUCACAUCAGCGAGAAGCAGAACAAAAUCUAUAAUGCUCUUGCACUUGCCAGUGUUAAUAGCAUGGGCGGACUCAUGGACACAUCGCGAUCAUCAAUGCUCACACCGCAAAUGCUCCGCGCGUUUGUCAACACUCAUCAAAUGGAGCAAAUUGACGAGGCAACGGCGAACAAGUUAAUUCAGGAUCAUGAGCCGGAUGCCACAUGUCGUCAGAAAAAUCAAAUGUCUUUCGAGGGAUUCACGCGCUUCUUGUGCGACCCGGUCAAUUUUGCAUUCGUGCCGGAAACCAUCGAGCCCGAUGAGGAAGAUUUGCGCUACCCACUAUCGCAUUAUUACAUCAACUCGAGCCACAACACUUAUCUGACGGGACACCAAUUGAAGGGACCCAGCAGUUCCGAGAUGUACAGACAGGUUCUCCUCACCGGGUGCCGUUGCGUAGAGCUUGACUGUUGGGACGGCGAUGAUGGAUUACCACUCAUCUAUCACGGACACACUCUUGUUAGCAAAAUUGGAUUUAGACAGGUCGUUGAAAUCAUCAAAAAAUCCGCUUUCAUCACUUCGGAUCUUCCCGUGAUUCUAUCCAUCGAGAAUCAUUGUUCGCUCCAACAACAGGCAAAAAUGGCACAAAUGUUCAAGACGGUGCUCGGCGAUUUGUUGGUUACAAACUUCCUCUUUGAAGCCGACUUCUCAGAUUCUCCAAGGCUACCAUGCCCUCUCCAGAUGAAAAAUAAGAUUCUGAUUAAGAACAAGAAAAUGAUCGUGGAUGUUCCUACUCCCUUACCAAUGAUUGAUAGAGGAGCCAUUCAGCGUGGAGAGACGAAUCUGACUUUGCACAGAAAGCAGAGCAAGAAUUCGUACGAGAGCAGCACUGUUGAUGAAGUGGAGGAUGACGACUUAGACGAGUUCCUGGAUGAUGAAGAAAAUGAGGAAGAUGACCAGGAAGAAGUUCCAGUUCGUGGCGAGAAGGAUGACAGUCCGAAGGCAUCAAAACGUGCUGAGAAAUCAGUGAGAAACAUCAAACAACAAGACUCCCUGUGCAGUGAUCAUUCGGUAGAGCAAGCGAAGCCAUCAACCAGCAAGAGUGCAUCCAAGACCAACGAGGGAAAGACUGAAGAUGAAGUGCUUUAUGCUCAAUUAGCACAGAAUGCCAUCCGCAACCAGCAACCGCGAAAGAACAACACUGGAGUCCAGAUUGCUCCCGAGCUCUCGGACAUUGUCAUUUACAUGCAAGCCACUAAGUUUAAAGGAUUCCCACCAGUUGAAGGCAUUCAAUCUCCUCGGUUGAUAGUGGAAGAUCCUCCUACAUCAACCACCAGCCUAUCGUUCUCAACAAGAUCCAGAACACCAUCAACCCUUCUGAGUACGCCUGCUCCACCGCGACGUCAGAGGAGUAGCACCCAGUUGAGUCAGGAGCUUCAAUCCGAGUAUUUGUCUAGUGCAAGACCAAAUGCAACUGCCACAUGCUAUCAAGUCACCUCGUUGAAUGAGAAUGCAGCAAAGAAACUGAUGAAGCGUCAUCCAGCGAAAUGCAUUUCCUACACUAGAGAUCAUCUGAUCCGAACAUAUCCAAGUGCCAAGCACUACGACUCAUCUAACUUCAACCCUAUCAACUGCUGGGCUCAUGGAAUGCAAAUGGUUGCACUCAACUUCCAAACACCUGAUGUCAUAAUGGCUGUAAAUCAAGCAAUGUUCGAGCAGAGUGGAAACUGUGGCUAUCAGUUGAAGCCAAGAUGUCUUUGGGAUGAAUCUCACUUGUUGUAUAAUAAAUUCUUGCCGCUCUCCAAGGAUAUUGCUGGACAUUCGGCGUUGCUGCUGAAUUUGACGAUCAUCUCUGGCCAACACGUCUAUCCAAACACUCACUACGCUAGUCUCUACGUUGAAAUUGAAGUGAUCGGAAUUCACAACGAUUGUGUCCGUGAAAAAUCCAAAGUUGUCCAGAGAAAUUCUGUGAAUCCGAUCUGGAAUCACACUACACAGCUACGCAUUGCUUGUGUUGAUCUGGCAUUCCUCCGAAUCGCCGUAUGUGACAGUGGCCAAAACGGACGGGUUGUUGCUCAUCGAGUGGUGCCUGUCAAAUGCAUUCGACCCGGUUUCCGACAUCUUCCGCUUCGCACAUCCACGAAUCUUCCAAUUGACAAUGCCAUGAUCUUUUUGAGAACUCGAUUCGAGCAAGAAGAGCACAUCUACCUCCACGACGAUGACUCAAACUCUUAUUGUAAUUUGGAGCACACACUGGCUUAUCGAACUGAUUUGACUCCGAACCUCUCACCCACGCCAAUUUUGAAAAAGCAAAUCUUCGUGCUUCGCAUCACUGGCGCGUUUGCCGAUGAGACCGCAAUUACUGUACACAGUGAAUCGGGUAGUACGGUAAAGACAGUGAUGCAGCAAGCGCUGCUGAAUGCCGGAAAGAAUGCGGACCAAGUUGAGGAGUAUGUAUUGAUUGAGGAGUCGCUGCCAGCACCGUCAGGAGAAGAUCCGAUUGAGCAGAGGGUGCUUCCUCUAAACGAGCCGAUAAUGGACGCUGUUGCUUGCUGGAACGGAUCGAUGCGACGCUUCGUAUUACGCAAAAAAGGAAGUGACCCAUCCUCCCGAGCUUGGAUAACAUCAAUCAUAAAAUCUGGAACCGGUGGUAGUUCAACGUCAGUUUCACCAAGUCCACUUAUCAAAGAUGGACAUGUUAAAAGUGCAUCAUGUAAGGAUGGCAUCGGUGGCAUGGAAAAGGUUUAUGAUGGAUUAGGGGUUACAGGGUUGAAUCCACGUGCGCGAUCGAUGGGCGACACUUUCUUGGUAUGUGUUCAUAAUGUGAGCGAAGAUCAGCCGUAUGCAAUUCUGAGGGCUGGAAUUAACAGCACAGCAGCAGAUAUUAUUCGACAGGUGUUUGUGAAAGCUCGGCGUCCAAACGUUGAUGAUGCCGAAUACGUGCUGGUCGAAGAAACGUGUGAUGACACAAAAAUUAAUCAAGGUCAAAGUAUGCUUCAAGCACUUUCGCUGGCGCGAAAAAGGAGCAAUGAUCUCACUCCAAAAUAUCCCAACAACCGAACCACGAGCCGAGUGUUGGGUCCAAAUGAAAACGUGUGGAAGGCGCAAUCUCGAUGGAAAUCCAUGGGCCGUUUCGUGCUCGAGAACCGAAAGGAUACUGUACACGCGACACUCGAAAAAGUGAGAUCAUUUAUAUCAAAACUGGAAGCUGCAAAAGGUAGACGUGUGGAAAGCACAACUUCUUCUUCCUCCUCAACCACUACAACGCGCAAAAUAAGUUUAUCCAGCGUUCGCUCAAUCGGUCUUCCACGUAAAUUCUCCAAAUUUGGCAAAUCGCAGACGAUGGAUGCCGGACCAAAAUGA